AUGAAUGCUCUAUUCAACUCUGCGCUACGGCAGUCGACCUCCAUACGCAAGGACCUAGACCAGUUUGCCGACUCUGCAUCGCCCUCGCCGCACCUACAAGCCCAACUCAAUGCCUCUCUCACAUCAUUUUCGCGGACUGUCGACGAGUACGGCAAGCUUGCGAAGCAGGAACCUGUAAAGACGAAGCAAGAAAAGGCAUUUGAAAGAUUGAAGAACUUCAGGGGCGAGCUUGAAGAGUAUCGCAGCAGCUUCAAGAGGAUAAAGAGUGCGAAUGAGGAUAUUCAAACAACAGAAGCGCGCACAGAACUGCUAGGUCGCCGCCCACAUCACGCAGCCACGCCCGAGAACCCCUACGCGCAGCCCAACCUCAGCGCCGCCGCACAGCAUUCGCCGUUCGCUCCCUCUCAACCCUACGAUCCUUCCGCUCCGUACCGGCCCAACCCAUACUCUGCCGGUGCGCCGCAGGGUGGAGACUAUGAUCGCGAAGGGCAUGUGCUGCGCGAGAAUACCUUCUUCAAUAAGACGUCGGAACAAUUGGAUGAGUUCCUCGACCGAGGGAGAGCGGUGCUGGGCGAUCUAGGACAGCAACGCGAAAUGCUGAAGGGCACCCAAAGGCGCUUGUACAGUGUGGCCAACACGUUGGGCAUCAGCGGUGAUACUAUCCGAAUGGUCGAGCGAAGAGCGAAGCAGGACAAGUGGAUCUUCUGGGCUGGAGUCGUUGUAUUCUUCUUGUUCUGCUGGCUGGUCAUACAUUUUUUGAAAUAA